GGUCACGGGAGGAACAGUUUGACGCGAUAUUCUCAACGUAGCGCCGUAUGAAAGUUGAAGGUCUUAAAUAUUUCAAACACGAGCAUUAUAACAAGUGUGUUUGACUUGAGCGUUGCCUGAAGCCCGCGCUGCCUUCAGAAUAAACCUGUGUUGACAGGCGCAUUUGUGCUCAGGCGUCUGCACGGGCAGCUAAAAGAAGGACUUCAGUUCAGAGCUGCUCAUGUGUUGAUUCAUUCCAGUGUGUCACAGCACAGUGCAUGCAAACACUCUGCAAACAUGGCCACCAAAAUCCAGAGACUGACCGAGGAGGAGAGAGCUCAUCUUCUCCCGCUGCUGCAGAACGCCCAAUGGGUGGAGGUGGUGGGACGGGAUGCCAUCUACAAGGAGUUUGUCUUUAAAGAUUUUAAUCAGGCUUUUGGGUUCAUGUCCAGAGUGGCACUGCAAGCGGAGAAGAUGGACCAUCAUCCUGAGUGGUUCAACGUUUACAAUAAGGUCCAGAUCACCCUGAGCACACACGACUGUGGAGGUUUGUCCCAGCGUGACAUCACCUUGGCCACUUUCAUCGACCAAGCCUCUCUGAUGUGACAAGAUAGAGCAUCUCGACACUGAUAGCACAAUAAUGUGUCUCACAGAUCAUCAAAGCUCCCUUACUGCCGGUCUGGAGAAGGUCAAAUGUACAUUUGAAAUGUUUGUUGAUGACGUUUUUUUUUUAAUAUUUGAAAUCCGCUAUUUUUUAACCUCCUACUAUGUACAGUAUAUGUCAAAAUAGUUGAGGUUUGAGUCAUAUUAUCAGGGAUCGCUUCAGUGUUGCCAGAUGGGGAUUACCAUACCAUACCAUACAGACCUGAUUUGACAUUAGUCUUAAAGUAAAACAUGACCAGAACUGUGUACAGGAGAAAUGUCCAAAAUGGGGCUCGAGGGUAAUUUUUGACCCGCAACUACUUUUUUUUUAUUGGCCCUAGACAUGCUCUGAAAAUUAAAUGAAUUAAUUAUUAUUCAGGAAGAUUAGAUAUAACUAUUAUCUGUGUCACCUAAAACAGUGGUUCUCAAACUUUUUUCAGUGAUGUACCCCCUGUGAACAUUUUUUUUAACUCAAGUCCCCCUAAUCAGCGCAAGGCAUUUUUGGUUGAAAAAAAGAGAUAAAGAAGUAAAAUACAGCACUAUGUCAUCAGUUUCUGAUUUAUUAAAUUUAAUAACAGUGCAAAAUAUUGCUAAUUUGUAGUGGUCUUUCUUGAACUAUUUGGAAAAAACAUACAAAAAUAACUAAAAACUUGUUGGGAAAAAAAAAUUUUCAAUUAUAAAUAAAGAUUUCUACACAUAGAAGUAAUCAUCGACUUAAAGUGCCCUCUUUGGGGAUUGUAAUAGAGAUCCAUCUGGAUUCAUUGAAGUUAAUUCUAAACAUUUAUUCACAAAAAAAUAAAUAUUUAAUAUCAAUAUUUAUGGCACAUGUCCACAAAAAAUCUAGCUGUCAACACUGAAUAUUGCAUUGUUGGAUUUCUUUUCAGAGAUCUUUUUGACAAACAUUUUAGUGAGAAACCUGAGCUUGUGCUUCACUGAGGAUAUUUGUCAGUCUUGGUGAUAUUGUGGACGCCUUCCUCAUCGUGCCUUGAGAUGACCUGAAUUCAUUUAGUCUCCUCUUAAAAAAAAUCAGGUGGCUUACCGACAUGGCAAGUGUGUCUUGUCCGGAGAUGCCGCUGAAGAUGUGCGGGCUUCAUGCCGCUGUUAGCUAACAUUUCUCCACAGAAAAAACACAAUGCCUUGGGGGGUUACAACUCGAAGCCGUAAAUCCCAUUAGCACAUAUUCUUCGGAAUACUGUCUGAAUUGUGCCGGCUCUGGUUUGGCCUUCUUUGGCACAUGUUCCUCCUCGUUUUCAGCUGCAUUACUGCCACGCUUUAACCACGCCUCCAUUGUUUUCUCCAUCGAUUGUUGAUUGACAGUUGGUGCCGUGCGGAACCGCCAGGUAGGAUCAAACCAUCAUGAUAUGGGGGGAAACUCUGGGUUUAUGGUAAUUAAUGGAAUAGCCAAGUACUUGAUUUGAUGUUCAUUGUUUUAACUUACAUUCAUACUUUGUUGAAGUAUUAUUGAAUAAAUACAUUUAAAAAGGA